UCUUUUUCAUAAAUAUUUACACUCCAUUUACUGGCGCUAAAUCAAAAUAAUUGAUACGUGGGUCUGUUACUAUAUUAUUUCAAUAAAUAUAGCGCUGAUAAUAUCUUAAACGCAAGACAGAAACAGAUUUAUCAAAGUUGAGAGAUCAUAAAAAAAUCCGGUCUGUACGCAGAUUUGAUUAGCGGUAGGCUCGAGUCAAGAGAAAUGACAGGCGCCCUGGCUUCUUUUGGUUGCGGCGUCGGCGUUUUGAAUGCCCAAGGGAAGGAGACUUUCAGCACCUUGCUUCUUCCUCUGCGGCUCGCAACACCUGCAGUUCUUCUGUUCGAGGCUGCGGAGAGAAUGUCAGCGUUUUGUUUGUUGUUGCUGUGUGUCCUCGUUUCCGCUGCUCCAGCUGUCAAGUGCGCGUUCGAAGAGAACCAAGAUGAGUUGCAGGACUACGAGAUGGAGGACGUUGUCGGUUUUGCCUCUAUUGAUGUCGAUUCCAAUUUGGACGAAUCCGAAAAUGAAUUUUUGCCAGUCAACCCCAUGAUAAUUUUGCCUUUGCCCCUUCCACGCGUUGCCAAGAAGGCGCUGACAGCCCUGGCGCGUUGGAGGCCGUUUGGCUCAUAUGUGGAGGCGGCGGCCUCUGCAGUGGCCGCCAGUGUGGCCGGUCCUGAGAAACUCGACUUCAUCACCGCCGAGCCGAGAGCCAGAAACCGAUUCGGAAGGGAAGGCUUGGGUGGACGUCAGAGGGGCAGGUUUCAGCCUCUCAGGUUUGGUCGCCGCAAACGCACAAACGUACGUCAUCGUCAGGAUUGAAUUUUCAACGCUUUGUGCAGCUUCUAUUGAAUAAAAAUGGCAGAGCUUGUUUUUCCCUUCAACCCAUAUAAUACUGCUGAAUUAAAUGCAUUUCUAAAUAUAUAUUUGGUAAAACGGUUUUGGAUUUUUCUGAACAGGAAAAUAGCACACAUAUUAACAGAACAAUAUAAUUUGGCAAUUAAUUUGAUAUUAAAUUUUGAUUGUAUUUUUAAUU